GCUGCCCACAUGUACUGUGACCUCCUUGGCUGGCCUCGCGGAGUCGAUGGUUGAAUUUGAGAUUGGCAAGUGAAUGUGAAGUUAUAGAUAAAACAGAAAGUAAAUAAAAAAUAGGCUUAUUUCAGGAUGUGUGUAGAAUGUGUGAAAGUGAAAUGUCCGGACAGGGUAGGUGGUUUCUUAAAUUGUGGCAGUGUGUGCUUGGAGACUGGGUCAUAUCUUGUCAACUUCCAAGGAUGUGCAAGUUGCCACAGCAGAGAAAACAUCCAAAUCCAAAACCGACACACAGACACAGAUGAUGAGGAGGGAGAGGAAAGGGUGACCUAUGACCAUGUUUGUGCAGUAUGUGAACAUCUCAUAGCAGAGCAUCAGUAUGAGUUUAGGAUAGAGGGAGAAUACCAGGAAUAUUCCAUGGUUUGCAUCCUUUGUGGCAGAGCAGAGGACACAGUAAGCAUUCUACCCAUCGAUCCCAAUAAACAGUUGAAUCUGUUCUGAUGGAAAAUGAUGGAUGCGUUCGGAACUGAUCCGCGGGACCAGCAAUCUGCCAUGGAAAAUUAAUUCCUCGAACAUUGUCGAGAUGUCUAUAAUUAAAAAAUAGCAAAUGAGAAUACAUUGGACAAAUGUUUAAAAGCAAUCGAGUCUUCUUCAGCUGUAUGCUUUCUGUACAGAAGAUUACACUUGUGCUGCUGUGUACCAUUCAGACUGAUCCCAAAUAGACCUGUAACAUAAUGAUGUCACGCUUUGUUUACAUGUGUGGUUUUCUGUGGCAGUGACAUGGGGCGUUGUCACAGAGGGAUAUUAAAUCGGAAUUACUUUUAAAUUAAUAAUACCAUAUAAUUUUGGCCCUAAUUGUUGAAAAGAUAAACAUGGUAUUUAGUAGUGAAACAAGAUUUUAUUUUCCUGAGCUGCCACACCCAAACAUUCCUGAAAUCAGUCAACCUUACCAGAAUGAUGGGCUGAGUGCCAGUUGAGUUGUUAUUGGUAGAUGUAGCCACUUAUGCAUUAAUUUGAAUAAUGAAUAUUUAUGAAGGGUAUAGUACACAAAACAUUUUGAGUUCUUUGGAAUAAGGCGUGGCAGUGCUGGAAUUUUUCCUUCGGGUUUAAAAGAAAAGAUAUGGGUUGAUGUGAUCAGUUCAUUGCUGGAUUCCAAGGAGAGGGCAGCGGCCAGCCUCAAUGACGUAUAGUCGUGAGUCGAGUUAGUCUUGAGAUGAGUAACUUCUAAUUAUGGAAGUAGAAUAAACUACAUGUACGUUCAGACUGUCCUGAGAAACGGAAAGCCAGGAAACGACCAAUUCCUGUAAGUUAGCCAUGUAUAAAUAUGAUAUAUUGGAUAUUUAUUUUAUACAUUUAUUCCUUGCAAAACCAGAUCUUGAGCCAGUGAAAAUGAGAUUUGCCGAGAUACUGCAUAAAAUCCUAAUUGAUUUAAGUAAUUUAAGUUGAGGUUGUUGCAGCACUGAAACAUUUAUCUUCAAAGUUGACACACUUCAUAACUCUUCAAAUUCAUUAAUGAAUAUUUUGCGUUAAAUGUAACUUGGCAAGAAAAUCCAGAAACAUGGGAAUAUGGUGGUAAUUUUCAGGGUUUUAAGUUAAGAGGAAGUCGGUUGACGGGUGGUGACAGAAGGGUUGGACUGCGGCGGCGGGACGCAGAAACUUGCCGAGUCAGCCACAGGCCACAGAAGCCGACUACAAUGCAAGAAACAGAGGCAACAAGGUGGUGGGACAUUGAGGCGCUCAUCACCUCAUAUUGUAAUUAAAAACAAUGUUAAUGUGAGAAAUUAAUCCUUAUUUUGUGUUCUUUUAUGAAUAAAUGUAAAUAUUGUACAGGCAAAACAAAUUUCCAGCAACAAGUGUGUAUAUAUAUUUGUGUCUCAGUUACCAAAGGUCUGUCCCUAAGGGUAGGACAACAUGGGGGGUGUGACAGACGUGAUCCAUGGAGUCCCCAUUUGUAGGAAAGAGCACAUGUAAACAGAAGUGUGACGUCAUUAUGUUUUAGGUCUGUCGUUUCCAAGCUGCUGUGCACAUGCGUUACAGUUGUGAACUGAAAUCACUUAUUCACGUACUUCAUGGAACAUCCUUUAGCCACAGUUUCACACAUGGGUCACAUUUCAUUCCAACUCUUUCCAAAUUGUUCUGGAGCUACAGUGGACAGUUCUAAUGUCAUUGUCCAGUGCAACUGUGUGGUGAAGUUCCUGCUGUCAUAAAAUUGCUGCAGAUUCCUAAUUCUUUGAGGAUUUAUUGGAAAUCCAGUGUCUCGACCUAGCUUACUGUCAUGACAACUUAUAUUACUGAUGUAUCAAGGUAAUUUUAGUGUAAAUAGAGUGGAUUGUUUAUUGUGUAAUGUAUACAUAUGUACAUAGUGAUACAUCCAAUUGGGAUGCUGCCCAUCUGUACCUGUCAUCUCUACACCAGGCUUCAGUUGCUGGGGGAAAAAAUCUUUCGAUUCAUAGUCAAACAAGCUAUGCAAAUUCCACAUUACAGACUGUUCAUAACUGCCUAAGGUCUUCUGGUUUUCUGCACAGGAAAGUUGCAUUUAUUAAUUUGAAACACUGAAACCUGCAGCAAAAAUUCAAAAACAACAUCCUGUUUUUCAUCCCAAUUGGAAUGGGGAGUCACUUUUUUCCUCUCUUUUUCAGUACAUAUGUAUUCAGAGAAACAAUCGUCACACACUUCCAGGAGUCACUGGACAUGAUUUAUUUGUACAUUUUUAUCUUUUCGCUGUAAUAAUAAACUGAACUCUUGUAUAUAAUUUUAACUUCAAGCCUACAAUCUAACUGAUACAGAGCCUUUAGUCAAGGUAGGCAUGGCUACCUGGACACAUAAUGCACAUGUGCGAUGAAAAUUACAAGCGCGAGUGACAAAGCCACAAGGCUUGUGGCUUGUCACUCGCACUUGUAGUUUUUGUCGUGCGUGUGUGCGUUAUGUGUCCAGGUAGCCAAGCACACCUUGAGUAAAGGCUAACUGAUGCAAAGAGAUGAAACACAACGUCAAAGGUCAAGGAUUAUCAGAAAACACACUUCAUAUUGUGCUGAAAUGGUGGUGGUUCUGCUCUUCAAUUUCAAGGUCUUAAUGAAUAUGGCAAAACCAUUUUUUUGGGACCAGCACAAUCUUUGG